GCGCGCUCCUGCCCCUUUGAAGUGAUCCAACUGAGCGGACGGCCACGUACGACAAAUUAAACUGCGAACCGUGUAUCGCGACCAAUCAGAACUUUCCAUCUGUCUUGGCCGCCGCUUAUCUACGACCAACGUAAACGCCUGUGCUCCGAGCGUGGCGUAUAAAGGACAGAGUCAGCUAUAGCCCGGCUUAGUCUGCCACAUUACGGAGUAGGUUGUUUAGUAUUCACUUCGUCGACUGAUUUUGGCACUUUGCCUGAACUUGUGUAGGAAGUUUGACGUAAAUCGGAGUACAGUUUUUCGAAAAUCGCCACAAAAUGAAGUUCUUGUUGUUAUUAGCUGUUGUUUCUUUGUGCACCUUCGCGGCCUUUGCCGAGGUUUAUUUCGAAGAGAAAUUCAGCGAUGAUUCGUGGCAGAAAAACUGGAUUUACAGUAAACACCCUGGAAAGGAGUUUGGCAAGUUUGUAAGGACUGCUGGCAAGUUCUUCAAUGAUGAACAAGAGGACCAGGGUAUCCAAACGUCUGAAGACGCCCGCUUCUACGCCCUGAGCACGAAGUUCAAGCCGUUCAGCUCAGAAGGCAAAGACUUGGUGGUACAAUUCACCGUCAAACAUGAGCAGAACAUCGACUGCGGCGGCGGUUACGUCAAAGUGUUCGAUUGCUCCCUGAGCCCCGAAGACCUGCAUGGCGAAUCCUCCUACAGGAUCAUGUUUGGGCCGGACAUCUGCGGGCCGGGCACCAAGAAGGUUCAUGCCAUUCUCAACUACAACGACAAGAACCAUCUGAUCAACAAGGACAUCCGGUGCAAGGAUGAUGAGUACACUCACGCCUACACUCUGAUCAUUCGCCCCAACAAUUUGUACGAAGUCUUGAUCGACAACGAGCAGGUGCAGACUGGCACUUUGGAGGCUCAUUGGGACAUUUUGCCGCCCAGGAAGAUCAAGGAUCCCGAAGCGAAGAAGCCGGAAGAUUGGGACGAUCGCGCAACGAUUCCCGAUCCAGAUGACACCAAGCCUGAAGACUACGACAAGCCCGAACACAUCCCAGACCCCACUGCCACCAAGCCUGAUGAUUGGGACGAUGAAAUGGACGGCGAGUGGGAACCACCAAUGAUCGAUAAUCCUGAUUUCAAAGGUGAAUGGAAGCCCAAGCAAAUCGACAACCCUGCAUACAAGGGCCCAUGGGUGCAUCCCGAGAUCGACAAUCCCGAAUACACUCCAGUCCCCGACCUCUACAAACAAGACGAAAUCUGUGGAAUUGGUUUCGAUUUAUGGCAGGUCAAGUCUGGUACCAUUUUCGACAACGUCUUGGUUACCGAUGAUGUGCAAUACGCGAGCGACGCCCUCAAGAACCUGAAGCAAACGCAGGAAGGCGAGAAGAAAGCCAAAGAAGCCAAGGACAAGGAGGAGGAGGAAACUCGCAAAGCCGCCACUGAAGCCGAAGAGGAAGAUAACGAUGAUGACGAGGAGGAAGAGCACGAACCACAAGUAGUCGAGGAAAACCACGACGAGCUGUAAAGAGGGUUGUGUAAAUGAUAAGAACGAAGACUUUUAUAUUGUUGCAGUGUGCAGUGUUUUCUUUAAUGGUGUGUACUGUUUUGACUGAUUUUUUGUUAUUUUUCUAUCGAUGAUAGUUGAUGUUUUGCCAAUAAAACAGUUUACAACAACAAA